AUGGAAGAUGAAGCAAACAAAGAGAAGCAAGCAAGAAACCUAAUGAUCAACCGCAUGAUGAAUAUAAUAUUCAAUAAGAAUGAAUAUGAUUUUCCAUCUUUGAAAGAAUACAAUGACUACAAGGAAGAUGCAACCAACAUGACAUUUAAAUUGAUCGAAGGAGAAGAUGUUGAGUUUAUUGAGGCAAAGAUUGAAAGAUAUGUGAAUGAAAAUAUGGAAUUAAUAGAAACUCGUAAUAAUCAAAGGACUAUGGAAAUGCAGGGACCAUUUUGGGAUGAGAAAAUUAUUAUGGAAUUUGUUGAGAGUACGUCCCCUGGAGCUUCAUCAACGAAUUUAAAGCUAACUCCGUUCUUAACAACACUACAAAAUAUUUCACCCUUCAAAUUAUUUAGAAAAUAUAAUAAUUAG